UGCUGUAGCUCUGACAGCAUCGCCUCGAGAUGCGCCAAAACCAGGCACGAAGGGAGCACGACGCGCUUCGAAUUCCGUCUAGCCCCAGAUAGCUCGCCUGCUUCGACCCUCUGACCUUUAGGGGAGUCUCGAUCGCUCUCAGCCCACAGCCCACUGUCUUUUUCCUCAGGAACUUGGUUCAGACGCACGAGCUUGAUCGAUCGUCGGCGUUCGUCGCUCGCACGCACCGGCCGCUGUAAGAUCUCGAGAAAAUCUGGUUACCCUCGGGCCCCUCGCUCAUUUGAACGUCCUCCCGCCUGCUAGCUUGCCCAACUCAUCGCAGGACUUGCUCGAUCAGAACCAAUAAUGUCAAACCUCAGUCGUACAAGCGGUGCUGCUACAAAUGGCAAUGGCCAUGCAUCCUCUCGCUUGCCUCAUCGUGCUGCAACGCUCGACAUGUUCACGGCAACCAGAUCGGACUCGAUAAGACUCAACGGACACUCGCUCACCGUUGGCCAAGUGGUCGGCCUUGCAAAGUCGACCAGCGAUGUCGCAAUCGAGAAUGACCCAGAGAUUGCCCGUAGGGUCGGCGCCAGUGUUGACUUUCUCGCUUCAAAGGUUGGACUGUCGCUCUAUGGAGUUUCAACUGGAUUUGGCGGCUCAGCGGAUACUCGUUCGAGUGAUCCCGCUGCUCUCCAGCUUGCGCUCAUCGAGCAUCAACUCAUCGGCGUCACGCCAACUGAUCUCACGAACAAGCUCGGGUCGUCUGCCUUCAAGACGACUGAGCCUAUGGCCAAUCUGAUGCCAGAGGCUAUCGUCCGAGGUGCCAUGGCAAUCCGCGCCAAUUCGCUUACCCGUGGUCAUUCAGCAGUACGUUACAGCGUCCUCGAGAAGCUCUGUCAGCUCGUGCAGAAUAAGAUCACACCUUGCGUACCUCUUCGCGGCUCGAUCUCAGCCUCGGGCGAUCUUUCUCCUCUAUCAUACGUGGUCGGUACGCUGCUCGGUCAUCCCGAUGUCUACGUGACCGUUACCGAUGUUUCCAAUCAGAAGCACAUCAUGCCCGCUGCAGACGCGCUCAAGCAGUUCAACAUUGAGCCGAUCGUGCUUGGACCCAAAGAGGGCCUCGGUCUCAUUAACGGUACGGCCUUCAGCGCUGCUGCCGCCUCCCUCGCUUUACACGAUUCCCAACAGCUGGCGCUCAUGUCUCAGAUUCUGACGGCCAUGUCGGUAGAAGCAAUGGAAGGCGCUGCAGACUCGUUCCAUCCCUUCCUCCACGACAUCGCUCGGCCUCAUGUGGGUCAGGUUGAAGUCGCUGCCACGAUCUACGAUCUUUUGCAGGGCAGCAAGUUUGUCGUUGCUGAGGAUACCGAAAAGGAGAUCAAUGAGGAUAAGUACAUCCUUCGACAGGAUCGUUAUGCACUGCGCACGAGCGCUCAGUGGAUCGGACCCCAGCUCGAAUCGCUCGGUCUGGCUCAGAAGCAGAUUGAGACCGAGCUCAACACGACGACGGACAAUCCGCUCAUCUUUGUCGAGGCAGAGAAGCGUUGCCAAGGUGGCAACUUCCAAGCCAUGUCUGUUACGCAGUCCAUGGAAUCCGUCAGACUCUGUCUCGAGCAUCUCGGCAAGCUCAGCUUCUCGCAGAUGACAGAACUGCUCAAUUGCACUAUGAACCGUGGCUUGCCGAGUUGUCUUGCCGGCAGCGAGCCGAGCACCAACUAUCAUUGCAAGGGUCUCGACAUCGCUUCGGCCUCGUAUCUCUCCGAACUUGGAUUCCUCGCCAAUCCAGUCAGUACGCAUGUCCAGAGCGCAGAGAUGCACAACCAGCAGAUCAACUCGCUCGCUCUCAUCUCUGGCCGAAAGACGAUCGAAUCUGCGGAUGUGCUCACUUUGCUCAUGUCCUCGCAUCUCUACGCUGUCUGCCAAGCUCUCGAUCUCCGUGCUGCCGAUGCCACGUUCAGACGCUCACUUGAUGCUGCCCUCGUCAAGCUUGUCAAGACUCACUUUGGCUCUGUUGCCGAUGCCGAUCGUGUUGCAAGCAAGCUUGCCGGCCAGAUCUGCCGCAGUCUCGAGUUCAAUGGCUCGAUGGACCUUGACGAUCGCAUGACCGACCUUGCCGAUGCUUGCUUGGCUAUCUGCAUUGCUCAAGAUGCUCAGCUCACUGUCGCUUCGAUCAAAAGCUUCCGUGCAGAUCUGAUCGUAAGCCUCACGAAGCUCUACGAGGACGCGCGCGCGUCGGUCAUCAGAGGCGAUCUGUCCGCUGCUCCCUUCCUCGGCAAGACAAAGGCCAUGUAUCUCUUCGUCAGACAGCACCUCGGCAUUUCUUUCCGCGUCGGCGACGUUGCUUCUGGCCAGCCUCUUGCCACAAUCGGUCGCUCGGUCACAAAGAUCUACGAGGCCUUCAAGUCGGGCGCCAUCACGCCCAUCAUCGCCGACAUACUCGCUCAUGCCCAGUGAACCUAGCCAACAAAGCCUCGCGCAUCUCCUCUCGUAAUGUUGUCAGCAUCAUGCAUCCCGUAGAAGACCGGA